GUGCAUGGAUGCCUUCGCUGUGCUGCCGAGAGCUGCCCUCUGACCCUGGCUGCUUUCACUUUCAAAGCAAGCUCCUGGCCUAUGGAAAUCGGCCCGUUUCCAUGUCACUUUAAUGUCCCUUCCUGCCCUACGCGAGACCAUUCCCUCCAGUGUCCCUGCUGGACACUGCAAUGGCAGGAACCGAGCCCAUCAGCAUCCUCGGGCUUAUCCUGGGCAUCGGCCUGGCCUUGCUGCUCCUGGGCAUCCUUGGCUACACCAUUCUGAAGUGGUACCUGAGAGGACCAGCCUGGCACCGCCCUAAUUUUGUUUUCAACCUGUAUCACAUCCGCAGCCUGAAGUCUGUGGAAGUGGAGCUGGCCCCACCGUUCACAGUCAGCGGCUCCAUGAGCGACAUGGGAAGUGGCUACAUGCGGUUCCAUGACAGGAACAUGUGAUGCUGCGAAGCCAGAGAUACUGAUGCUGCGAGGCCACUGGCUCUGCAGAGGUGGUUGCAUUCGGUUGUGUGAGCAAUAUCCGUUUCCCUGUGUCUUUGCUGCUUGGGAUACUGCUAUCCAUUACAUGCACUGUCUCUCUGUCCAUUCUCACUGGGCUGGGACGCGGCCACCUUAGCUUGUGUGUGCGGCUAAGAAGGAAUCGGAGCAGCAAUGCGGUGCAAGUAACAGACUGGACUUCAGCAUCUCACCAGGCUCUGGCCCCGUCCCUGGCACUGGUGCUCAGACCGCAGCCUGCUUUCGAUCACCAGGCUGAGAAGAGAAAGCAUCCCUGUCCUCCCUGUGCUAGGCCCACGCCCUUCAGCGGCUGAGAGUCGUUACAGCCUGGUGGGCGGGUGGCUUUCGGGAAGCUCCCUCCAUUUCCCAGUGGAAAAAUCUCCUUGGCCCACUUCUCACUGGUCAUUAUUAGUAUCCCGGUAGCACGCAGGGCCCCAUGCUGGGGGCCAGGGCCCUGCGAGGUGCUGUACACGCAGGGCAGAGACAGUCCCUGCCCGGAGGAGCCUGCCGUCUCAGGAUCACCUGAGAAAUGACAGGUGGGCCCAACAGACGGACUGGGAGAGCCCGAGGUAACAGCACCGUGAUGGCUAGCGCUAAAUGGCCCCUCGCCAACUCCUCCGCGUGACACCCAGCUCAGAGGUGCACAGCUGAUCCUCCCAGAGAGAGCCUCCGGAGGGGAUGAAAAGAGGAUGGGUUGGUCCACUAUCAGCCCUGCUGCCCUUGCUGCCCUGGUGUGUCGCUGUCCCUGGGUGGGAGCAGGACACAAGGACAGGCAGCUAUUGGCUGGUCUGCAGGCCCACUAGCCUUUCCCACUGGCCUUGCUGCCUAGUGCUUGGAGAAGGGGAGGCUGCUCCCCGGGAGCCAGGCAGCCACCAGUCUGUCUAGUGCCGUCUCUUGUCCCAGCUUUCCCAGGCCUGUCCAGGGGAUUGAGAUUUCCCCUCAGAAAAACCCUCGCCGUGACUGAGGCCUAUUGGGUGUUGGGAAAUCCUGGGUCUUCCCCAGUCUCCUGUUUCAAUUCCCCCAUUCACAGGCCUGCCCGUGGCCUCAACUUGGUAUCUGAGGCAAGUGACUUCCUCUCCAACAAACUGCUGCCCACAGAGUAACAGCUGAGCACGUCCCCCUCCUCCGCUGGACCAGAGCUGUGGGAGCCGCACCUCCCCUGGCCCCAGGAGCAGGGGCUGGUCCACAUCUACAGAGAAGUAAUGCAUUGGGAACUGGCCGGAAAAUCGUUCCCAGAGUAGUUAUCAGUGGGUCACAGUCAAGCUGGAAGGGCAUAACGAGUGGGGUCCCGCGGG